CUCUUCCAUCCCUCACACCCCUCACACAAUCUCCUCUGCAACUCAUCAAACUCCAAAUCAGAAAAGCAAAAAUGUCACUCACCAUACCCACAAGCUUCACCAAACCCAUCUCCAAACCCCUAUCUACCUUCACCUCCAAACCCAUCUCCAAAUCCAUCCUCUGCUCAACCUCAAACCCAUCAUCAUCAUCACCACCACCAAUAGAAUCACAAUCACUCAAAUCCUUCUCAGCUGCCUUAGCUCUCUCUUCCAUCCUCCUCUCCUCCACUGCCGCCGCCCCUCUCCCGGCUUCCGCCGACAUCGCCGGACUCACCCCAUGCAAGGAAUCAAAGCAAUUUGCUAAACGUGAGAAACAACAGCUGAAGAAGCUUGAAACCGCCAUGAAACAAUACGCACCGGAUUCAGCUCCGGCACUGGCACUCAAAGCCACCAUGGAGAAGACCAAACGAAGAUUUGACAAUUAUGGUAAACAGGGGCUUUUGUGUGGAACAGAUGGGUUGCCUCACUUGAUUGUGAGUGGUGAUCAGAGGCACUGGGGUGAGUUCAUCACACCAGGGAUCUUGUUCCUCUACAUUGCUGGAUGGAUCGGGUGGGUGGGUCGGAGCUACCUGAUUGCAAUCCGAGAUGAAAAGAAACCAACCCAGAAGGAAAUUAUCAUUGAUGUGCCUUUGGCUUCUAGGUUGCUGUGGAGAGGGUUCAUCUGGCCUGUGGCUGCUUACAGAGAAUACUUGAAUGGUGAACUCGUUGUUGAUGAUGCUGAUGUCACGGUUGUCUGAAGA